AUGAGUAGCAGUCAUUUAUUUCAACCCAAUCGUGCGCUUGGCUACGUUAGCAAUCACAUCCCACCUAACGUGCGUUACAUAGAUCAGCGGCGUGAAAAUAUUGUUAUAACAUGCGUUGGUCGCUCGUUUCACGUGUAUGGAUGCAACAGCUUCCGACUUAUCCGUACCGGUCGCAUUCAUCCGGCAAGUAUUACUGCGUUAGCAGCUGACGGAUUUCUCACCUAUGUUGCUGCAGGCAAUGUUAUUUAUGGAUGGCGGUCUAGCGUAGAACUUCGGAAAUCUUACAUCGGGCAUGAAAAACCCGUGCACUUGCUGCUGCCAUUUGCAAACCAUCUUAUUUCGGUGGAUGAAACUAGCUUGCUGAAAAUAUGGGAAGUCACCACGAAAGAGCUUUACCUGGAGAUACCUUUUUCAAAUGAAGACUUUCAAAUAACUGCCAUUGUGCAUCCAGCGUCCUAUAAAAAUAAAAUACUGCUUGGCAGCGCGCAAGGCGGAGUGCAGCUGUGGAAUCUAAAGUCCUGUAAAUUGGUUCAUAAAUUUAAAAGUCACGACAGCAAAAUUACGCAUCUUGAGCAAGCUCCUGCUAUUGAUGUGAUCGCUAUUGGGCAGCACAGUGGAAAGAUUACGUUAAUCAAUCUCAAGUACGAUGAAACCAUACUGGAAGUUAACCAGGACUGGGGACCAGUCACAGGAAUAAGCUUCCGCACCGAUGGUCACUCGAUCAUGGCUAGUGCUAGCUCUAACGGACAGGUCGUGUUUUGGGAUCUAGAUGAGAAGGCUAUCGUAUCCACGCUUAUGGCACAUGACGACUCCGUUACUGGAUUACAUUUCCUGCCAAACGAUCCGCUGUUGAUUACCUCUUCCCCUGACAACUCGUUGAAAAUGUGGAUUUUUGAUCUAUCCGAUGGCGGGGCACGUUUACUACGUUUCCGGGAAGGACACGCAGCACCCCCGAUAUGCAUUCGUUAUCACGGCGCUUCCGGGAGAAACAUCGUUUCGUCAGGAGAAGACUCUACACUGAGAAUAUUCAACACUGUAAACGAAACGCUGAAUUGUAGUAUGGGCAAGGCUAGCUAUAACCGAAAAGCGUCUAAAAAGCAAAAAAAAAAAUCUGAAGACCCGUUUCGUAUGCCGCCCAUUAAUUACUUCACUACUGAAACAACGCGUGACAAGGAAUGGGACAGUAUCGCUGCACUCCAUCCAGGAUUAGUGCAAGUAACAACGUGGUCAUACGAUAAGCGACGCAUGGGCACGCUUCAUCUUGUGCCGGAGAUUUUUCAAAACAAGCAACAGAACAAGGAUUUCAGCGUCACGGCAACCUGCUUGAGUUUGAGUCAUUGUGGUAACUUUGUCACCAUCGGAUAUUCCAGCGGCAAUGUGGAGCGCUUUAACAUUCAAAGUGGUAUACAUCGGGCGAGCUAUGGAGCUCCGUCCGCACAUAAGCAGAGUGUACGCGGUCUGUCUAGCGAUAACUUGAAUCAACUGAUCGUGUCUGGUGCAGCUGAUGGAUUGUUGAAAUUUUGGCCAUUCAAACAACCAAACGGCAUCGUAAUCAAAACCCCGUUGGAUAAGGUUGAUUUAGGCGAACCGAUUACACUGCUUCGUACACAUCGCGAAAGUGCGAUUAUCUGUGCAGCGCUGGACGAUUUUACAGCGGUCCUGGUGGAUUUGGAUACGCGUGUCGUUGUGCGUCGGUUUGAAGGGCAUAGUGGUACAAUAAUAGACGCCUGCUUUUCACCCGACAGCCGUUGGUUGGUAACGACGGCGCAGGACUGCACCGUGAAAAUAUGGGAUAUCCCAUCUUCCUAUCUGAUCGAUCAUUUUCGUGUGUCGCACAUGUGCACAUCGCUUGCGAUGUCGCCGACAGGCGAUUUUUUAGCAACUACUCACGUUGACUAUCGUGGCAUAAACCUUUGGGCGAACAAGAGCCUUUUUUCGCACGUUACUCUACGUGCGCUUCCAACGGAUUCCGAGGCACCGCUACUUGAUCUGCCAACUGCGGUCUGUGAUGCGAGUCAAUAUUCCUUCGACGAGGCCAGUGGUAAAAUGCAGGUCGAUGAACUAGAGGAUGCUUUCGAAGCAAUCAAUCUGGAGUACACUUCACCACCGCAGCUCUCGAGUGAGCUGAUAACGAUGUCUACCGUAGCCGCUUCGAGGUGGCAAAAUUUGCUCAAUUUAGACAUCAUCAAAAAGCGCAACCGACCCCGGCAAGCUUUGAAGAAGCCGAAAUCGGCUCCAUUCUUCUUGCCGACCGUCGCUGGGCUCGAUUUUGAAUUCGAUCUGCAGGCCAAAUCGAACGGUGCAGGGGAUUCGACUAAUGCUGCUAAUGCAGCGACAUCGCGCAUUAUCGAAACGAAGAACGUAGAUCAUUUAACUCCAUUUGGAAAGCUUCUGAACGCUGCGAACAACACCGGGGAAUAUGGAACGGCAGUUGACUAUCUCAUGAAGCUCGGCCCAACAAUGAUUGACUACGAAGUGCGGAACCUCACGCCGUUUAACAGCGGCACUGGGAGCCUUUCAGUGAUGGGUGCAUUCAUGCACAUGAUCCUGCACAUGUUUGAGGCGAAGACAGAGUUUGAACUGGCUCAAAGCUAUCUUAGUUUAUUUUUGAAACUGCAUGGCCGUACAAUAGUAGAAAAUGAACAGCUUCGCGUACUAUUGCCUAAGGUUUGUAAAGCUCAAAUGUCCAGCUGGUCAGUACUGGAGAAUAAAUUGCUGUACGGAUUGGGUGUCGUUAGUAACUUAAGAAACUACAGCACAUAA